AAGAGAGAGACCGAGAGAGAGGGGAGGGGGGAAAGGAAAAGAAAGGAAGAAGUUGAUCAACUGUUAAAAAGCUAAAAGACUUUUCUCUCUCUCUUCUCCUUUCUUUCAGUGUUUCCGCAAUUCCGCUAUAGCUUUUGGUUUUGAAUGUUCAGUUAAUCCUUUUUUUUUUUCUGUAAUUUUGAUCCGAGUCUCCUUUUUCUUUGGGCUCUGCCAUUUUCCGAGAUAUUCUUCAGGUCAAUUCUCGUUCGCAUUGAAAAGCAAGAAUAGAACAUUUUUGUUUUGUUUCGUUUUUUCCUCUCCAUAUAAUCAGAUCCAUGGAUUUUUCCACAUUUCGUGGAAAGUGAAAGUUCUUUUAACUUUCUACAAUCUUGUUCGUUUUCUUUCAUCCAAAAAAAAAAAAAAAAAAUUGUGAAUUCAUAGUUUUCACGUGUCCCGAACCGUUGCAACAAUAAUAAGGUUUUCUUCUCUGGGUUUUGUAAAUUUUCCCAUUUGAUUACGUUUCGUGAUCGGAAAAAUGAAGCUUGUGGUUCGCGUAAUGGAGGCUAGGAAUCUUCCGGCGAUGGAUCUGAAUGGGCUGAGCGAUCCGUACGUGAAAUUGCAGUUGGGAAAACAGAGGUCGAAGACCAAAGUGGUGAAGAAAAGCUUAAAGCCUUGUUGGGGCGAGGAGUUCAGCUUCAGGGUUGAGGAUCUCAAAGAGGAGUUAGUUGUCUCUGUUUUGGAUGAAGAUAAGUACUUCAACGACGACUUUGUUGGGCAAGUCAAGAUUCCUGUUUCCCGAGUUUUGGAUGCGGAUAGCAAGUCCCUUGACACUGCUUGGUACCCUCUUCAACCCAGAAACAAGAAGUCCAAGAACAAGGAUUGUGGUGAAAUUCUUCUUUUUAUAUGCUUCUACAGAAGCAAUUCGUUUUCGGACUUGAAUGGUAAUGGUGAUCUUGCACCCCAUUUGAGAAAGAGUGUUGAUAUGGAAAGUGAAUCACCUUCGAGGUCUUUCAGUAGUGCAUCAAGCACGGCUUCUCCUGCAAGACAAGAAGAGAUUUUAUCAUGUAAGGAAGAGAAGGCUUGUGCACAGAAAACCAUUGCCAGUCGAAUUGCUCAGAUCUUUAAUAAAAAUCCAGAUACAGCUUCGAAUCCCUCUCGUAGAAGUACCGACUUGUUUGAGAUAUCUGAAACGGUUGGGCCCGAGGAGUGUGAUAACAAGUCUGAAGAUGAGUCUUCUUCUAGCAGUUUUGAAGAAGUAAUGAAGAUAAUGGAGUCGAGAGAUCAAGGAAGCGACAUCCCAAGCAAUUUACCAGGAGGGGUGCUUCUUGAUCAAUUGUAUGCUAUUGCACCGUGGGACCUAAACUCUCUACUAUUUUCGUUGGAUUCAAGUUUUCCAAAGUCAAUUGCCGAGUUGCAGGGAAGUACGGAAUUGCAGCUAGGAUCUUGGAAGUUUGAUAAUGGUGGUGAGAGCUUGAAGCGAGUGAUCACUUACAUCAAGGCUGCUACUAAGUUAAUCAAGGCUGUUAGGGCCACUGAGGAGCAGACGUAUCUCAGAGCUGAUGGGAAGGUUUUCGCAGUUUUAUCCAGCGUUAGCACUCCUGAUGUCAUGUACGGAAGCACUUUUAAGACAGAAGUUCUUUACUGUAUUACACCUGGGCCAGAGUGUUCAUCUGGAGAACAAACUUCACGCUUGGUAAUAUCUUGGAGGACGAAUUUUCUUCAGAGUACCAUGAUGAAAGGGAUGAUAGAAAAUGGAGCCAGGCAAGGGCUGAAGGAGAGCUUUGAGCAGUAUGCAAGUCUGUUAUCUCAGAAUGUCAAGCCAGUUGACUCGAAGGAGGUCGGAUCCAACAAGGAACAGGUUUUGGCAUCACUGCAGGCAGCGGAGUCCCAAUCAGAUUGGAAGCUGGCAGUGCAGUAUUUUGCUAAUUUCACUGUAUUCUUCACAUUUUUUAUGGGAUUGUAUGUGCUUGUUCACAUUUGGCUGGCCAGACCAGAUGCUAUUCAAGGGCUGGAGUUUGUUGGGCUUGACUUGCCGGAUUCUAUUGGUGAAUUUAUCGUGUGUGGCGUGCUGGUGCUUCAAGCUGAACGUGUGCUGGGGUUGAUUUCAAGGUUCAUGCAGGCCAGAGGGCAAAAAGGCAGUGAUCAUGGUGUGAAAGCGCAAGGAGAUGGGUGGUUGCUCACUGUUGCCUUGAUUGAAGGAAGUAACUUAGCAGCUGUUGAUGCAAGUGGGUUCUCUGAUCCAUACGUGGUGUUUACUUGCAAUGGGAAAACUAGAACUAGUUCAAUUAAGUUCCAGAAGUCUAAUCCUCAGUGGAAUGAAAUAUUUGAAUUUGAUGCAAUGGACGAGCCUCCUUCUGUGCUGGAUGUGGAAGUUUGUGAUUUUGAUGGACCUUUUGAUGAUGCAACAUCUCUGGGGCAUGCUGAAAUCAAUUUUGUGAAAACAAAUAUAUCAGAUUUGGCUGAUGUGUGGGUCCCUUUGCAAGGAAAGUUAGCUCAGGCUUGUCAGUCUAAGCUCCAUUUAAGAAUUUUCUUGGACAAUACAAGAGGUGGCAAUGUUGUUGAAGAUUACUUGAGUAAGAUGGAGAAGGAGGUGGGGAAGAAGAUAAAUGUGCGUUCUCCUCAAACAAAUUCGGCAUUCCAGAAGCUUUUUGGGCUUCCACCAGAGGAAUUUCUUAUCAAUGAUUUUACCUGUCACUUGAAGCGAAAGAUGCCCCUGCAGGGCCGUUUAUUUCUCUCGCCAAGAAUAAUUGGGUUCCAUGCAAAUCUGUUUGGACACAAGACAAAGUUCUUCUUCCUCUGGGAGGACAUAGAAGAUAUCCAAAUUGAUCCUCCUACUCUGUCAUCUAUGGGUAGUCCAAUUAUUGUGAUCACUCUUUGGCAAGGCAGAGGUAUUGAUGCAAGGCAUGGCGCAAAGACACGGGACGCAGAAGGCAGGCUGAAAUUCCAUUUCCACUCCUUUGUAUCUUUUAAUGCAGCUAAUAGGACUAUCAUGGCACUAUGGAAGGCUAGAUCCUUGAGUCCUGAGCAGAAGGUGCGAAUUGUUGAAGAAGAAUCUGAAGCCAAAAGCCUUCAAAGUGAUGAGAGUGGGUCUUUUUUGGGCCUUGAUGAUGUCAUCAUGUCUGAGGUUUAUUCUUCUGUUCUCUCUGCUCCAACAAGCUUCUUCAUGGAGUUUUUCAGUGGGGGUGAAUUGGAGCGUAAAGUAAUGGAAAAAGCUGGUUUCCUUGACUAUUCCCAAACCCCGUGGGAAUCAGAGAAGGGUGAUGUCUAUGAGAGGCAAACAUGUUACAAAUUUGCCAAGAGUAUUUCACGUUAUGGAGGAGAGGCCAGAAGUACGCAGCAAAGAAUCCCACUUUCUGAUAGAAAUGGUUGGACCAUUGAAGAGGUUAUGACUCUCCAUGGAGUUCCGCUCGGUGACCAUUUCAAUCUUAACCUUAGAUACCAAGUUGAGGACUUGCCAUCAAAACAAAAGGGAUGUCAGGUAAAAGUACAUUUUGGUAUUGCCUGGCUCAAAAGCACUCGGAACCAGAAAAGGAUUACAAAGAAUAUUCUUCAGAAUCUGCAAGGUCGCUUGAAGGUAUUUGUCGGUGUAAUUGAGAAGGAAUUUGCAACAAAAUAGCUAAAUGAAAUUGGUGGCCUCAUCUGAAUGGAUAUUUCCACACGGGACAACUAAUAUUACUUCAUGAAACACCUUCUUGUGGAUGUCAUCUCUGUCCAAUUCCACAUGCUUAAGCGCAGAUGGACAGAAGUUCAGGCCAAGCUCUUCAAAGUGGAAUUUAAAUUUGGAACCAACUGGUUUGUUGCUUGUCCGAUUUUCAAGAACGCGAUUUUAUCAGCCGUUCUACAGUCUUAGACAGAAAAAAUGGCUUCUGACGUGGGGUUUAGGCUUCAGCAGAAGAAUGCAAGGUCUUAGUAUGCACAAGACUCUGUGGGUGGUGACAAACUGGUUUUCAUCGCCGUGUAAGAAAUUAUUCUACAUUCUUUUCCAUCACAUGUUUGACAGGUAGAUGGUUUAGUGUAAUAGGCUUUAAGUAGAUGUUUGUGAAUGUACUGAGAUGGAAUUCAAGGUCCAUCUCAAUGUUCGUUUUAUAUGCUAACAGAGAAGAAUUUGAAUGAAGCAAAAGUUGGUACUU